AUGGGUCUAACAGGAACCAUUUCUCCCAAAUUUGCGUCCUUUAAGUCACUUCAAAGGUUGAUUCUUUCAAAUAAUAAUCUUACCGGAACUAUACCCGAUGAACUCAAAGAUUUACCCAAUUUGAUUGCGAUUGAUUUUUCGAAUAAUCAUCUUUACGGACCAGUUCCGGAUUUUAGCAAAACCGUUAACGUGAAAACCGAAGGGAAUCUUGAUAUCGGAAAGGCGGGUCCAAGUCGGACACCGGUUUCGCCUUCUGGCGGCGGCGGCGGUGGGAGUAAGCCAAACGGAGGAGGAGGUGGCGGUGGUGGGAAAAGUUCAAACACCGGCGUGGUGGUGGGAUCGGUGGUUGGCGGUGUUUGUGCGGUUUUUUUCGCGGGAUUGCUGGGUGUCUGUGUCUACAAAGCUAAACGAAAGCAAUCUAACCGUAUCCCAUAUCAAAACACGAUGGUGAUCCACCCCCGGCAUUCAGCAUCUGAUGGGGACGGGGUGAAGAUCACAAUCGCAGGUUCAAGUGCCCCCACAAACGAAUCCUUUAGUCACACGAGUAGUGGCCCAAGUGACAUCCACAUCGUGGAAGCUGGGAACAUGGUGAUUUCAAUUCAAGUUUUGAAAAAUGUGACAAAUAAUUUCAGCCCGAAUAAUAUAUUGGGAAGAGGAGGGUUCGGGACAGUUUACAAAGGCGAGUUACAUGAUGGGACCAAGAUUGCGGUUAAAAGGAUGGAGUCGGGUGUGAUGAGUGAAAAGGGGCUGGAUGAGUUUAAAUCUGAAAUCGCUGUUUUAACAAAGGUUAGGCAUAGGCAUUUGGUGGCACUUCUUGGAUAUUGUUUGGAUGGAAAUGAGAGGCUUCUUGUUUAUGAGUAUAUGCCUCAAGGGACACUAAGUCGGUUUUUAUUUGAUUGGCAAGAAGAAGGUUUGAAACCGCUUGAAUGGACAAAAAGAUUGAUAAUUGCGUUAGAUGUUGCUAGAGGUGUUGAGUAUUUACAUGGUUUGGCACAACAAAGUUUUAUUCAUAGAGAUCUUAAACCGUCUAAUAUUCUUCUUGGUGAUGAUAUGCGGGCUAAAGUUGCUGAUUUUGGACUCGUUCGACUCGCCCCUGAUGGGAAAGCUUCCCUCGUCACAAGAUUAGCUGGCACUUUUGGUUAUCUUGCUCCUGAAUACGCUGUGACGGGAAGAGUAACAACGAAGAUUGACGUGUUCAGCUUCGGUGUAAUCCUAAUGGAACUGAUAACGGGGAGAAGAGCCCUGGACGAAACCCAACAAGAAGAAAGCAUCCACCUGGUCCAAUGGUUCCGGCGUAUGCACAUAAACAAAGACACCUUCCAAAAAGCAAUUGACCCGACACUUGACCUCGAUGAAGAAGCCCUGGCCAGUCUCAGCACCGUGGCUGAACUAGCCGGUCACUGCUGUGCGCGUGAACCGCACCAGAGACCCGACAUGAGCCAUGCGGUCAAUGUGCUCUCCUCCCUAGCCGAGCUUUGGAAACCUUCCGACCCUGACCCUGAUGAUAUUUACGGUAUAGACCUUGACAUGACUUUGCCACAAGCCGUCAAGAAAUGGCAAGCUUUGGAGGGUAUGAGCGGGUAUGAUAAUUCAUCACUUAUUGGGAGUAAUGAUAAUACGCAAACAAGUAUUCCAACUCGCCCUUCCGGCUUUGCCGAUUCCUUCACUUCACAGGAUGGACGAUGACGGAACCACCCGGAUUGGUUUCUUCAUUCUUUCUGGUAUGCUUGUUUAUCUUUUUUAUUCUGCUGCAGUUGUUGAAUUAUGAAGAGAUGCUUUUGUGUUAUUAUUAUUAUUUUUUUUGCUUGUCAGUCUUUUAACUUUGAAAUUGUUAAAUUAAUAGGAAGUUCUCGCAAUUAGCCUUAAAAUCCC